GAGUGUCCUGCUACGAUGAGUGUCUCUCAGAAGAGAGAGGAGGCUGUGGGUCACAGUGAGACCCUCAGACCAGAGUCUGCACUGCCCAGCCCAACUGGGAAGAACAAGGACCCUGUUGCUAAGGACAAGGGAACAGAUGAUUUCUCAACAAAACAUGAUGCAGGAGCCCAGACCCCCAGAGCUCCAUCUCCAGUGCCCAGCUGUGUAUCUAUGAAGAGUGACAGGUCCAUGCCUGAAAAACCUGACUUCAGAAAUGAUCCGAUGUUGCCACAUCCACAAGCCCAGACCCCCAGAGCUCCAUCUCCAGUGUCUCUGAGGAGUGACAGGUCCAUGCCUGAAAAACCUGACUUCAGAAACGAUCAGAUGUUGCCACAUCCACACGCCCAGAACAUACGUGCUCCAUCUCCAGUGCCCAGCUGUGUGUCUCUGAUGAGUGACAGGUCCAUGCCUGAAAAACCUGACUUCAGCAAUGCACAACUGACCCAGUAUGAAUCCAGCUGUGAACAGGUACUGAGGGACCCAGCCAUCACCAGCUGUAGGCAAAAGAACAAACAAGAUGCAGAGAACCUGAUGAGAGUUAAAGAGACCCAUAAAGCCAGUCUGAAGAGGAGGUUUCAGAACAUAUUUGAAGGCAUCGCCAAACCAGGAGCUGAGACACUCCUCAAUGAGAGCUACACAGAGCUCUACAUCACAAAGGGAGAGAGUGAAGGGGUGAAUAAGGAGCAUGAGGUUUGGCAGGUAGAGUCAGCAUCCAGAGCACACAACACAGAGGACACACCAAUCAACUGCAAUGACAUAUUCAAACCCUUACCUGGACAGGAGAGACACAUUAGGACUGUGAUGACCAAAGGUGUGGCUGGCAUCGGAAAAACAGUCUCAGUGCAGAAGUUCAUUCUUGACUGGACAGAUGGACUAGCCAAUCACAAUGUGGACUUCAUGUUUCCCCUUCCAUUCCGUGGAUUGAAUUUGAUCAAGAGGGAUCAGUAUAGUCUUCACAAUCUCCUGCUGGGAUUCCAUCCUGAGUUGAGAGAACUGAGGGAUGGUGAAGAAUACAAAGACCAUCAGAUUCUCUUCAUUUUUGAUGGCCUGGAUGAAAGUCGUUUGAAUCUGAAUUUUGAGCAAGACGUGACGCGCUUUGAUGUGCAACAGACAUCAUCGAUAGAUGUUUUGAUAUCGAACCUCAUCCAGGGAGCUCUGCUUCCAUCUGCACUCAUCUGGAUAACCACAAGACCAGCAGCAGCCAAUCAAAUUCCUCCUCAAUACAUCAACCAGUUGACAGAAGUGCGAGGGUUCAAUGACCCACAGAAGAUUGAGUACUUCAGGAAGAGAAUCAGUGAUGACAGUCUGGCCAAGAGAAUCGUCUCCCACAUUAAAGCAUCAAGGAGUCUCUACAUCAUGUGUCACAUCCCAGUCUUCUGUUGGAUUACAGCCACUGUGCUCCAGCAGAUGCUCAAAGAAAAAAACCUCAAGAAAAUCCCCAAAACUCUGACAGAGAUGUUCAUACACUUCCUGCUCAUCCAGACAGUGACGAGAGAUGAAAAGUAUCAGACUGAAGAGAAAUCACAGCAAGACGAUCUUCUGGAAUCCCAGAAAGAAUUAAUUGUCAAACUGGCAGAACUGGCCUUCAAGAAUUUGGAGAGUGGCAAUCUGAUGUUUUAUGACAAAGAUCUGCGAGAAUGCAACAUUGAUGUGAAUGACGCCUCUGUGUACUCUGGCCUAUGCACAGAAAUCUUCAAACAAGAGUCUGUGUUUCAACAGAAGGUCUAUUGCUUUGUGCAUCUGAGCAUCCAGGAGUUUCUGGCAGCCUUCUAUGCCUUUCACUCAUUUGUCACUGGGGACUUUACUGCAUUGAAGUCUAUUCUCAGGGACAAACAUGUUUCAAAGCCACCAUCCUGUGUUUCAUGUCUUUCAUCAGCACCAGGAUACCCUCUCCAGGAAUUGCUGAAGAGUGCAGUGGAUGAGUCUUUGAAGAGCCAGAAUGGACACCUGGAUCUUUUCCUUCGCUUCCUCUGUGGCAUCUCUCUGGAGAGAAAUCAAGGACUUUUAAAAGGGUUUCUGACCCAGACACAGAGCAGCUCAAAAAGCAUUAAAGAGACAUGUCAAUACAUCAAGAAGAUGAACACAGACAAUCUUUCUCCUGAAAGAUGUAUCAAUCUCUUCCACUGCAUGUUUGAAAUGGACGAUCAAUCCAUGCACAACCAAAUUCAGAAAUACAUGUCAUCCCAAAAGAGGUCCACACAUAAGUUGUCUCCUGCCCACUGUUCAGCCCUGGCUCACAUGCUUAUGAUGUCUGAGGAGGUGCUGGAUGAGUUUGUCCUGAUGAGCUACAACACAUCAGAUGAGGGACGCAGGAGACUGCUCCCAGCAUUUAAGUGCUUCCGGAAAGCAAGACUUGCUGGCUGUAACUUCACUGACAAUCUCUGUGAGAUUGUGCAUCCAGUUCUGCAGUCACCAAACUCCCUGACAGAGCUGGACCUGAGUGACAACAACUUGGGGGAUUCUGGGGUUCAACUUCUCGCUAAAGGAUUGUCUAGUCCCCACUGCAGACUGCAGUCAUUGAGGCUCUCUUUGUGUCUCAUCUCAGAGAAGGGUUGCACAUUUCUAGCUGCAGCUCUGACUUCAAACCCUUCCCACCUGAAAGAACUGGACCUGAGCUACAACCAUCCUGGAGAAUCAGGACUGAAGCUUUUAACAGCAAAAGUGAAGGAUCCUCAAUACAAUCUGCAGAUACUUAAUACCCACCACUGUGCAGGAAUCAGACUGAAAGCAGAUGCAAGGAAAUAUGCCUGUGAUGUCACUCUGGACCCAAACACAGCACACAGCUGGCUGUCUCUCUCUGAGGGGAACAGAAAGGUGACAAGUGAGGGCAAGCAGCAGCCGUAUCCUGACCACCCAGACAGAUUUGACUGCUGGGAGCAGGUGUUGUGUAGAGAGGGCCUGUCUGGACACUGCUACUGGGAGGUUGAGUGGAGUAAUGGGGCUGAUAUAGCUGUGGCCUAUAAAAGCACCAAGAGGAAAGGGGAGGGUCGUGAUGUCAUAAUGGGACAGAAUGCAAAGUCUUGGAAACUCUCCUGCUCUAAUGAUGGCAGUUACUCUGUCUGGUGCAAUAAUAAACAAACUACCAUACCCGCCCACUCCGGAAAAGUACCUGUCCCAUUCAUCACCUCUGGAAGAGUAGGAGUCUACCUAGACUGGCCAGCCGGCACUCUGUCCUUCUACAGCGUCUCCUCUGACACACUCACCCACCUGCACACGUUCCACUCCACAUUCACAGAGCCCCUCUAUCCUGGGUUUGGGGUUUAUCUUGGGUCCUCAGUGUCCCUGUGCCAGAUCACAUGACCUCCUCAUGCCGCACGUCUUCCUCCCCUUUCAUGCCACACACACACACACACACACACACACACACACACACACACACACACACACACACACACACACACACACACACACACACACACACACACACAC